AUGAGUCGCAGCCGGUGCAGCAGCUUCAUGGAGACGAUCGAUGACGGCGUCAUUAGCAGCACGAACAGGCUGCUUGAUAUCGCACCCGCACUGCACAUUAUAGUCCCGUACCUGCGUGUCGACGAGAUAUACCGUUUGACGCUCACGAACAAGACAAUCUGCCGAGAAGUUGGUCGAGCAACACACGCGCUCUCGUUUAUUCCAGCUCGGAAGGUGAUUUUCGACGAGAAUUUGAUGAGUCUACCAAUGCAGUUUCCUCAUCUGAAGGAGGUUAACCUUACAGGCUGCUCGAGCCUCACCGAUGAAUCUGUUGAGCAGCUCGCCAACCUGUCUGGACUAACAUCUGUGGCGCUGAAAGGAUGCUACCAGGUGACUGACAAAAGCAUCAAGCUACUCACCGAGUCGCAGUCGAACUCGCUCACGUCGGUCAAUCUCGGAUAUUGCAAAGUCGUGAGUGACGAGGGGAUUACAGCCAUUGCCUCGAAUCUAUCGAAGCUCAACUACCUAAAUCUUCGCGGCUGUAGCCAAGUCGGCGACAACGGAAUUCGUGCUCUUGCUCGGCUCAAGAACCUCCAGACGCUCAAUCUCUGGUAUUGCAACCAAGGAGCUCUCACAGACGGCGGUAUCUCCGCGUUGGCGGAGGUGACGUCGCUUACAAGUCUCAAUUUGUCGAACUGCAGUCAGCUGACGGACGAGGGCAUCAGCUCACUCAGCACGCUUGUGAAACUCCGACACUUGGAGAUUGCAAAUGUUGGAGAAGUCACCGAUCAAGGCUUUUUAGCUCUAGCACCGCUAGUUAACCUCGUCACAUUGGAUGUGGCAGGAUGCUACAAUAUCACCGACGCAGGCACCGAGGUGCUCGUGAAUUUCCCAAAGCUAGCAUCCUGCAAUCUUUGGUACUGCAGCGAGAUCGGCGACGCUACGUUCCAGCACAUGGAGUCUCUGACAAAGAUGCGAUUCUUGAAUUUCAUGAAAUGCGGCAAAGUCACCGAUCGAGGACUGCGGUCCAUCGCGAAGCUCCGCAAUCUGACAUCGUUGGACAUGGUGAGCUGCUUUAACGUUACAGACGAGGGUCUCAACGAGCUGUCGAAGCUAAAUCGACUCAAGUCGCUGUACUUGGGUGGCUGCUCUGGCAUCCGAGACGAAGGCAUCGCAGCGCUGUCUCACUUGAGUUCAUUAGUGAUCUUGGAUCUCUCGAAUUGUCGCCAGGUGGGUAAUAAGGCUUUACUGGGGAUCGAUGACGGGACUGGAGUCUCUGGUGCUGUGGCACAUCAAGUGCCUUGA